AUGGAAGGUGCUGGGGCCCCCUCGGAGACCCUGCGCUACGCUGAGUACGCGAGGGUCCCCGGCGACGGGCGGCAGGGUGAGCCCGACAUGGACAGGGGGCUGGCCAGAACUAUGAUGGCAGUUGGCCUGGGUGUUGCAGCUGUUGCAUUUGCAGGUCGCUAUGCUUUCCAGGUCUGGAAACCACUGGAACAAGUAUUCACAGAAACAGCAAAGAAGUUUGCAACCGCUAGUUUUUCAUCCUACUAUAAAGGAGGAUUUGAACAGAAAAUGAGUAGACGAGAAGCUAGUCUUAUUUUAGGCAUAAGUCCAUCUGCUGACAAGGCCAAGAUUAGAACAGCUCAUAGGAGAAUCAUGAUUUUGAAUCACCCUGAUAAAGGUGGAUCGCCCUACUUAGCAACAAAAAUAAACGAAGCAAAAGAUUUGUUAGAAUCCAGCACCAAAAAUUAAUGUCCAAGGACUUCUGUGAUAGAACUUUUUAUAUAUUCCUUUCUACUGCAAAUCCUGUAGAUAUA